UAUAAACCAUUCCACAAGAUCUUGCUCACACACACUCCUCUGUUGUGGCCACAACAAGCCUGCUUAACCCAAGAUGAAGUACUUGGCGUUUGUGCUCCUGGCGGCUGCCGUUUGCGCUUCCGAAGUCGAGAAGCGAGAGGCGGAGCCCAGCGUGAUUCCUCACUCCGGCUACAGAACUCCACUCUAUCCUCGAUACUCCUAUGGACCAUCCUUCCCGACUCACUACCAUAAGAGAUCCGCAGACGCUGAGCCUUCCACUCUUUAUGGCGUCAGGGCCGUCAUCCGCACUCCUGUGUAUGGCGUGUAUGGACACAGCGUUCACACACUCCACAAAAGGGCUGCUGACGCUGAAGCUUCUCGACUUUACUCCCACGGAAGCUAUUCUCCCUUCCCCGUAGCCUACGGAGGAUACCAUGGUCACCGGUUCCACAAGAGGUCUGCUGAGCCAGAAGCCGAGGCUGAGGCUUCUCAGGGGGCUUACUCUCUUCUAUACCUUCCAUACGCUCCACUUCCAGCUUACGGCCGACACAUCUACAAGAGGUCUGCUGAGCCUGAGGCAGAGCCAUCCCACCUAAAGAUGGCCUGCUCAGCGGGAGGCCAGUCCGGAAACCCUUUCCAUCGCGUUCUUAUUUCCCUUUGUGAUUCCACCUCCGUAGCAAGGCAGUUAGGACAGGUGGAGAAGCACACUGCAUUCGAACACGGGACCUAUUACAAAAAGGCUCAAAGACGAGCCUCUAAGGCACAGGACAAUGUCCAGGGAGACCUCUAG